AAUAUAGAAUAUAGAUAAAGUACAUUUUCGAGGGAAAAUAUAGGAACUAAAAUACAUCGUGGAGAGACGACGAACGCAAAAAAAAAAAACGGACAUGGCGUCUUCAUCUUCCUCAUCGUCUUUCACGCUUCCCUCUCUGUUCUCCAUAGCCGUUCUGAUUCUAACUGUCUCAACCGCCGAAUCACUGAAAUCCCCGUUUCACCCUCUCGACCUCCUUCCACUCCUUCCCAAGCAAGUCUCGUGGCCGAUUCUCAAUUCCCUCUACGGCGCCGCCGAUCUGCUCCCCACUUUCAUCGGAACAGCGAGCCCAGGGAACGAUGACGUCAAGUGGAAAGGCGCUUGUUUCUACGAGAACACGGCUUAUUUGGAGUUUCAUAACAAGUCCGGCAGCGAGUUUGGUGGAGGCACGCUUCACAUUCAGGCGGAUAAAGCGCAUAGUUGGACUUGCAUGGAUCUCUAUGUCUUUGCAACUCCAUACCGCGUGACGUGGACUUGGUACUUCAUCUCACGAGCGCACACUGUGGAGUUCCCGGAGUGGGAUGGACUAGCCGAGUACGAAUAUGUUAAGAAUAAGGGAGUUUCGAUAUUCCUUAUGCACGCGGGGAUGUUAGGAACGCUUCAAGCGUUAUGGGAUGUUUUUCCUCUCUUUACUAAUACUGGUUGGGGGGAGAGCUCUAACCUCGCGUUUCUUGAGAAGCAUAUGGGAGCUAAGUUCGAAGCUCGUCCUGAACCGUGGGUCACAAACGUUACAACUGAUCAAAUCCAGUCUGGUGAUAUGUUAGCUAUUUCGAAGAUCCGUGGACGGUGGGGUGGUUUCGAGACUCUUGAGAAAUGGGUGAGCGGGGCGUACGCUGGUCAUUCCGCUGUCUGCUUGAGAGACUCCGAAGGGAAACUGUGGGUUGGUGAGUCUGGGAAUGAAAACGAGAAGGGAGAAGAUGUGAUAGCGAUCUUACCAUGGGAGGAAUGGUGGGAAUUUGAACUAACAAAGGAUGACGCGAAUCCUCAGAUCGCAUUGCUACCUUUGCAUCCCGAUGUUCGUGCUAAGUUCAACGUCACUGCUGCGUGGGAGUAUGCUCGGAGCAUGGAGGGUAAACCAUAUGGUUAUCAUAACUUGAUUUUUAGCUGGAUCGAUACUGUUACUGAGAACUACCCGCCUCCUCUCGAUUCUCAUCUUGUUGCGUCUUUCAUGACUGUUUGGAGCAAAAUGCAACCUGAUUAUGCUGCUAAUAUGUGGAAUGAAGCCUUGAACAAGCGACUCGGAACAAAGGGUCUUGAUCUUUCUGAUGUACUGGUGGAAGUAGAGAAGCGCGGGUCUUCUUUUGACAAAUUACUGGCAAUACCUGAACAAGACGAUUGGGUAUACAGCGAUGGUAAAUCGACCUCAUGCAUUGCUUUCAUCCUCGAAAUGUACAAAGAAGGUGGCCUAUUCGGCUCAUUGGCUGAUUCUGUUCAAGUCACAGAGUUCACGAUCAAAGAUGCUUACAUGCUCAACUUCUUCGAGACAAACGCAAGUAGACUUCCUAAAUGGUGCAAUGACAAUGACAGUGUGAAGCUUCCGUACUGUCAGAUACUUGGCAAGUACAGAAUGCAACUUCCUGGUUACAACACUAUGGAACCAUACACCCAUAUGAAUGAGCAAUGUCCAUCUCUGCCUCCAAAGUACAACAGACCAGAUAACUGCUAGAAACCAAUUGAAACUCUCAACUGUUUGUCUGUUUGUUAGGACACAAGUUUAAUGUAAUACCACGGUGAAAGCUGUUAACACAACUUUUAGUUUUAUCUGUUUGUAAAUAUAUAACUCAGGUCUGUAGCAUACUCUGAUACUACAGGUUAUGUAAUUGUUUGAAUUAUUAUGAGACACAAAAAGUAGGAAUGAAAAGAUUGAUCUCUUGAACAUAUAUCUCUUGGUUUAAAGAUUGAUCUUUUGAACAUUUCUCUUGGUUUAGGCCGGUUUAGGUCGGUUUAGUUUGGUUUCAAUCUCAUCUUCCUCCUUACUACUGUAGUAGUAGCAAAGGUUGGAACUUUCGAUUCAUUAGGACAGAUGAUGAUGGGCCAUGUCGUGGCCCGGACUCACCUGAUACUGUCUCGAAGUAACUUCGCCGAUAGCAUACGGUGUCAGGGCUUGAGGGUUUCAAAAAUGGAGUCGCAGCAGUCAAAGCGACCCACUUGCCCUUCUUGCGCUAAACCCACGCAGCUCUGCCUCUGCAACCGUAUCCGAUCUCCGCCUCUGGAUAACCAGGUGAGUGUUACUAUCCUUCAGCACAGCCUCGAGAGAAAACACGCUCUUAACUCAACUCGAAUCGCUAGGUUAGGGCUUAAGAACGUUACUGUCACCACCGUUUGCGAUGUCCAUGACGAGGCAGAGUUCUUGAUAAGAGUUAAAGGAGCCUCCUUGGAGCUUGUUGAUACCUCAAUGUUAGGUAGUGACAAUGUGGAUAAUGAAAGUUUGAAGCUUUAUCAACAAUUAGCUGACAAGAGAGGUUCUUGUGAAGACAAUUUGAUGAGAAUCUCUAUGAAGAAACGAGGUGUCAUCAGCAAUGUCUCCACGUCUUUGCUGGAAGAUGCUAGUUUCGAUGGAAUAUUGGCUUCUCCUGCAGCCAUGGAUGUGUUGGCAAAAGGGUUUGUGGUGACAAAGUUCUCGGAAGGGAAGGAAGAGUUUGAGCUGGAGGUUCCUCCUGGGUCAGCACUGUUGUUCCCUAGCGAAGGAUCUGUGAUGAUCAACGAUCUUAAAGAGAGAGAUUUAAAGGUAAGGAAUCUGAUCGUUCUCGAUGGGACGUGGUCCAAGGCGAGGAGAAUGUACGUUGAGAACCCGUGGCUGAAGCUUUUGAGUAGCCAUGUGAAGCUGGAAAUCGAAGGAGCGAGUUUGUACAGAGAAGUAAGGAGGCAGCCGAGAGAGGGGUGUUUGUCGACGAUAGAGAGUAUUGUACACGCGAUGAAGGAGAUGGGGGAAGAUACUGAAGGUUUGGAUAAUAUGUUGGAUGUUUUUGAAUCCAUGGUUGGAGAUCAAAGAAGAUGUAAAGAUGAGAACUUUGGAAAAAAUCUCUGAAAGCCAAUAUGAUAUUGUUAAAUUGUUUUCAGUUCCUUUGAUUAACUCUUCUAAUUUCUGGAAUGUUUUUUCUUUAACAUC